AAAAAAAUUAGGAAUUUGUACCUUGACGAAGAGAUAAAUGACCGUUUCUUUUUCUUUCAAUGGCGCUUUAAUUGAAAUGAGCAUGAUUUUAACAUAUUUUUUCACACCGACGGAAUUAAGGAAUCAAGGAGUACUUGGCCUAUAGUGUAAGAAGUAAUUGUACAUUUCUGUGCUUGUCUGACAUGGUCAGAUAGAACUUCAUCUGGAUUCUUUCAGAGAAGCAAAAGACAACUCGAUGUUGAUAGAAACUUGGAUGCGAGCAUGUUGUCAAGCCCAGAGCACCUUGAUUGCUCCGUCCGUAGUAGGCGCAGAUCGCCGCGGCUAAAAGCCCCCGUGUCUCUUGUCCGUCAAAUUUCCAAUCCUCUUUGCCACAGCGCAAGCCCAUCCGCCUUGUUGGCGGAGUGCAAUUAUUGAAUAUGCCGCUUCUUACCGGAGGAGCUAAUUCUAUCCCCAAUUCUGUCUACUAUUAUGGUUAUGUGUUAAUCACCUGCCUGUUGUUGCAGGGCGCGGCCGCGGGGAAGAGUGACCUCCCCGGUGGCAGGGUGGGCUACACUUAUGGACAGCCCAUGCCAGUGACUUGCCUGAAUCGCACAAUUGACUCUGGCGAACAUAUUACAGAUGAUCUCGGCAAACUACAAUACAUUCCCUUUCCGACUUGCAACGAGACCUUCCUCCCCCUUGCCCUUCGAUACGGUGUGACGGAGACGGUCAAUUGCACCAUCAACUCCCUCCCCGAUGAACUCUACCACCUCCUCGAAUACUAUGUGCACUCGGAUGUGCCAUUGGCUUGUCGCGUACCAACCGCGCCACUAGUACCCUCUGGGCCGGCGUCGGACGAAAACAAGAGAAGCGACGAGACAAAUGGCGGCGCUGAUAUUUCCCUCCUAGGUGAUGGAGGACCGUCUUACACCCCUCUUACCUUUGCCCUACAGGGAACCCUGCAGCUCAGCCAUCUACAUAUUUGGACCGACAUGAACGUGCUAGCCCACAACAUCCCGUCGAUAUCUGCCAAGAAGAACAAGAAGCAAAGCAAGAAAGCACCCGGCUACAUUGUGGCUGGAACAGCGUACUCAGUCCCCGAGUUCGAUGUGCCCCUUCUCCAGGGCGAAAAGAAGUCUUCUUCGAACAGUAACCAGGAGAAAGAGGAUCUUGCGGUUGCUGAAGCGGCCCGCGACCCAUGGACUGAUGGCCAUGGGACGAAAGUAGUCCGUGGUGAGCCACUCACGUUCACCUUCCACGUUAGCUGGGUUGAAGGGGGAGGCGGAAUCGGGUGGCCUUCGCGAUUCUCUUCGGCGGAUGGCUCGUCUGGCGGUGCCUUCUUCUCUAAGCUGUUCUUCUUUAUCCUUGCUGCCUCGGUUGGUGCCAUGGCCGCUUUGUAUUAUGAGCGGAACGGUGGUUUUAGACAGCAGAGAUGGCGAGGUGAUGGUAUAUUAGGUGUUCCUUCUCGCGGACCCGGAGCUGUUGGUAUUACUUAUGGAAACGGAGGGAAGAUAAAUGGAUAUGGAGGCUACUCGGCGGGUAGCGCCUCCAUGCCCGGCAACGGUGUAGGAUACGGAUACGGAGGAUUCUCAACUGGCAAGAGAGACUGAUUGUUCUGUCUAUUGUGGGUUCUGUAUAAAAGUUCUAUGAGCACGUACACGCAGGUGGCUUUGGUUGAUAUCUUUCUUUGUAUAUCAUUUUAUACCAGGAUAAUAUGGGAGUCAUGCAUAUCAUAUGGUUAAGAUAGCUGGAUCUAUGUUUUUCUGGAAAUUUACAAUAGUACAGAUAGAAAAGAAACCAAUAUUUUCUAUUCUAGGC